AACCAUUCGUUGCGCGCCUUAUUUCCGUUGUAUAAAGACCCAAGUAGUUUCAGUAAUAAAGUCCCAGAUACGCAAUAUUCGCGUAGGACUGAGAGACAUCGAGUGAUGAAGCACGUGGAAUACCCGUCACUACCAGAGCAAUCUAGGCGGUUCUCAGACUUAACGACCAACUACCAUGCGCAGAUUGCUCUGCCCCAUUCUUGUACUUUCUCUCGUCUCCAGUGUCCGUCCACUGCACAUAUUCUCGCUCGGAUCGCGGUCGGAGAAGAGCUGGUGGGGUUGGGCAUGGGGAGCUGAAAGCACUGUCUCUGUUGUAGAUCGGUCUCCUGUUAUUUCCUUCUCUUCACGACCCGCUGCAUUUGGGGCAGAAAUUACAGGUCCGAUUUUGGGCUAUGUAAUCCCAGUUAACACCUUUACGACACCAUGCUCAACGAACGGCUCGGCUUUUGACCAUUUCCCUAACACUGGAUGUCCUCGGUUGUGCUUGAACGGGCCUCAUAAGCCAGACCCAUCCGAGACCUGGAUAGCCCUUGUACAGCGAGGUAAAUGUGAGUUCGUGAACAAGGUCCGAGAGGCCCAGCGGCUGGGUGCGCGGGCUGUUGUUGUCGGAGGAGAGAAUCCGAACAUCUCAGGACUUCCUGACACGCUCGUCAACAUGUACAGUCCUGAGGAUGCUUCUGAUGUCAAGAUUUCUGCCACUUACAUCAAGCACUCUGACUACGUACAACUCUCAUCUCUCAUCGCAGCCUCAAACACUUCACAUUCUGGCCUCCGCACGCUGUCUCUGCUUAUUACCGCGGACUACUCCACUUGGGAGUGGUAUUCUCCUAUUGUUACCUUUAUUGUUAUUCUUCUGCUUCCUUCGGCUCUUACGUUCAUGACUCUUCUCAUUCAUCGCAUUCGAGCCGCACGAGCUGCCCAACGCGAUCGUGCUCCCGAAGAUAUUGUCCGGAACUUGCCAUGGCAAGUGUGGACGGGAGCGGGGUGGGAGAAACAUGAGGGCGGCGAAGGCCUGCACCCUACUCAACCACUAAAAUCUACGAUAGACCUCGAACGUGGAGUUGUAGAAUCCGCUGAGCAGCACGAGACGUCAACAGAACGACCAUCUACCUCACGACCACCGAAACCCGAAGUCACGCACCAAUGGUUCGAGAAUCAGCAAGAGUGUGCCAUCUGUCUUUCUGAAUUUGCGAAGGGUGACAAGGUUAGGGUAUUGCCUUGUCAUCACAUAUUUCAUCUGGAUGAGGUGGAUGAAUGGUUGAUUCAGCGGAAAAAGCUCUGUCCCGUGUGCAAGGCAGAUGUCACUCAGCCACCACAUCUGGCGACGCAGGCCGUUCUGACGGAAGAAUCACGCACACCUGUUGCAUCUUCACGGCCUACAUCCCCUGAAACCGCAACGGAACGAACACCUCUACUUUCGGCUGCUGAUACCAAUACUAACGAUACUCAAUAAUGAGGACUUUUGACUGACGGUUUCGAAUGUAGUAUAUGUAUUAUCUUAUAUAAACUCUAACCUACGCAUCGUUUGUAAAGUGUGGGAUAUCGAUAAGGAGGCGGCAAAUGGAACAAUGUCAAAACGAGCAAUCAACGCCCGUUUAGAAUG